AUGGAUGUGGUGAAAAAAGAAGUCCUAAAACUCUUAGAUGCUGGGGUAAUUUAUCCGAUUUCCAAUAGUAAGUGGGUAAGUCUAGUGCAAGUUGUCCCCAAGAAAUCUGGUGUUACAGUUGUGAAGAAUCAAGACAAUAAGUUGGUCUCUACACGUGUUCAGACAGGUUGGCGUGUGUGCAUUGAUUACAGGAAGUUGAACUCAACAACUCGAAAAGAUCACUUUCCACUUCCCUUUAUUGAUCAAAUGCUUGAGAGAUUGUUACAAAAAGAUGUGGAUUUUCAGUUUGAUGAGCAGUGCAAGGAGGCAUUUGACAAGUUGAAAACAUUGUUGACGACAGCACCAGUGAUACAACCACCUAAUUGGGAGCUACCUUUCGAAAUUAUGUGUGAUGCAAGCAACUGCGCAUUAGGUUUUGUCUUGGGUCAAAGAGUUGGCAGAGCAUGUCACGCCAUAUAUUAUGUGUCCAGGACCUUGAAUGGCGCUCGGCUCAAUUAUUCUACGACUGAAAAAGAACUUUUAUCUGUUGUUUUUGCUCUAGAAAAAUUUCAGUCAUAUUUGUUGGGUGCUAAAGUCAUUACUUUUUCUGAUCAUGCAACUCUUAGGUAUUUGCUCACAAAGAAAGAGGCAAAACCAAGGCUAAUUAGAUGGAUUCUUCUACUCCAGGAAUUCGAUUUGGAGAUUAAAGAUAAAAAGGGAGCAGAGAAUAUUAUAGCAGAUUACCUUAGCCCUUUGCGAGAAACAUUUUCGGAUGAGCAAUUGUUUUCCAUUAAAAUGGCGUCACCAUGGUUUGCAGAUAUUGUCAUUUUUUUAGUUACUAACGUGUUGCCAAUUGAUUUGACUAAAGCUCAAAAGGACAAGAUCAAGAGUGAUGCUAAGUACUAUGCUUGGGAUGAUCCAUAUCUGUGGAAGCAUUGUGCUGACCAAGUGAUAAGAAGAACAGGAAACAUUUCUCGUAGAGAUCAAAUGCCACAAUCUCUUACAUUUAUUGUUGAAAUUUUUGAUGUGUGGGGCAUUGAUUUUAUGGGUCCAUUUCCUGUUUCCUUUGGUAAUGUUUAUAUUAUUUUAGUUGUUGAUUAUGUUUCCAAAUGGGUGGAGGCGAAAGCCACCAGAACUGACAAUUCAAAGGUUGUUGCAGAUUUUGUUAAAACUAACAUUUUUGUUAGGUUUGGGAUACCAAGGGCCAUAAUCAGUGAUAAGGGCACUCAUUUUCGCAACAAGACAAAAGAGGCAUUGCUUAAGAAAUACCAUGUCACACACAAGGUUUCCACAUCGUACCACCCACAAACCAAUGGCCAAGCAGAGGUGUCAAAUAGAGAGAUCAAGUCAAUUUUGGAAAAGACAGUGAACCCAAACAGGAAGGAUUGGUCUUUGAGAUUAGAUGAUGCAUUAUGGGCAUACUAA